AUGAUCCUGCCAUCUCAACAGCAAACAAGACCCGAAACUGACUACGAGCGGUGGCUUUGUGACCAAGACAGUGCCUGCAUUCCAAAUACAAAUCCUCAAUAUCACCCGCCUACCGCACACAUCGACCAGGCGACACACAAUGCCCAGCGACCUUUAUCUGAUCCGAUUGAAGAGGUUCAUCUGAACAAGGACCGUCCUCAUGGCCGCUUUCUUGCCCCACCGAAUAUGCAGCCUUCCAUCUCAAAGGGAUUCGUCACCUAUAUGCUCAACCCGCCGCCUCAAAUCCACCGCAGAGCAACACCAGCAUGCCAGCUCUCGCUCACCUUUGUUGCAGUCGUCGUUAUCAUCAAGGCCAUUAGGAUUAUCAAGAAGAGGGGGAAAAGUCGCAGGACAGUACUGCCAGUGACAGAAGAGCCUUUUGUAUAUGAUCCUAGGUAG